AUGAACCAGGAGAGAAGCAGCUUAAACCAGUGUCCAAACAAUAAAGAAGCACAAAAUUUAACACAACUCUCAGAAUUCCAUCUUAUGGUGCUCUCAGAAGAUCCAGAACUACAGCCCAUCCUGUUUGGACUGUUCCUUUCCAUGUACCUGGUCACAGUGCUUGGGAACCUGCUCAUUAUCCUGGCCGUCAGUUCUGACUCCCACCUCCACACCCCCAUGUACUUCUUCCUCUCCAACCUGUCCUUGGCUGAUAUAUGUUUCAUCUCUACCACUGUCCCAAAUAUGAUUGUAAACAUACAAACCCACAGCAGAGUCAUCUCCUAUGUGAGCUGUCUGGCACAAAUGUCUCUUUUUCUCAUUUUUGCGGAUGUAGAUUGUAUGCUUCUGACUGUGAUGGCUUAUGACCGGUUCAUGGCCAUCUGUCACCCCCUGCAUUACACUGUUGUUAUGAACCCUCAACUGUGCAGAUUCUUAGUUUGGGUAUCUUUUUUGGUUAGCACAUGGAGCUGUCUGGUACACAAUGUGAUUGUGUUACAAUUUAAAUACUUCAAGAAGGUGGAAAUUUCUAAUUUUUAUUGUGACCCUUCUGAACUCCUUAAUCUUACCUGUUCUAGCACCAUCUCUACUAACAUCAUCCAGUAUUUUCUUGCCACCAUAUAUGGUUUUAUUCCCAUCUCAGGGAUCCUUUUCUCUUAUUAUAAAAUUAUUUCCUCCAUUCUGAGAAUCCCAUCAGAUGGGAAGUAUAAAGCCUUUUCCACUUGUGGAUCUCACCUCUCUGUGGUUUGCUUAUUUUAUGGAACAGCUAUUGGUGUGUACCUCGGGUCAACUGUAUUACAUUCUCCUAGAAACAGUGCAGUGACCUCACUGAUGUACAGUCUGGUAACACCUAUGCUUAAUCCUUUCAUCUACAGCCUUAGGAACAGGGACAUCAAAUGUGCCUUAUUUAAACUUCAAAGGAGGACAAUCUAA